CCUGUUGGACCUACAUAUGCUUGUACGACGCGUUACGGCUGAUAGUUCAACAAGUUCGAAACUGCUCCCCUUACCCUGGGCCAAUAUCGUCCAGCGUUUUUAAGCGUAUCUUGUUCCGAUGGGGGAUCAAUCAUCUGAACGCCCGGUAUUACCAGACCCAACGACACCCAAGCCUUCAUUACCGCCAGGUAUGGUGCUUGGUCCGGAUGGAAAACCCUGCAAAAUAUGUACUGCGUUUCGUAAUUGGAGGCCCACCGCUUCAGGCACUGCUAGUUCGAGCAAGAAGUCCACUGCAGCAAUGAUGGCUGCUUUCGCAUCCGGAACAGGCUUCCAACCCCCCAAUUCCAAGCCAGAAAAUGCAACACUGCCUCCACACUGCCCGCCAGAUGUCGAAGCCCUUGGACGUGCGACGUGGUCAUUUUUGCAUGCGGCGGCGGCAUACUACCCGGCACGGCCCACUCCCCACCAACGUGCAAAUAUGCUCAAUCUCAUUCACGCGAUGCCCGUCCUGUAUCCAUGCACUCACUGCGCGGCAGACUUUGGCGAUAAAAUAAAGGAACAUCCCCCAGACGUGAGCAAUCGGGAGAGGUUGAGCAGGUGGUUCUGUGAGCGACAUAACGAGGUGAACGGGAAGCUGGGCAAAGAAAUGUUUGAUUGUGCAAAGGUUGAUGAGAGGUGGAAGGACGGUCCACCUGACGGCAGCUGCGACUAAGCUCCAGCUGCAGCGUGUUCGCGGAGAAAUUCGAUUGUUCCCUUGAAAGAUCACUACUCGACAAGGCGGCUAGGCAGUACUCAUGUGUUUCAAAGCCGUUACACAGCCGCACCGACAUAAAUGGUAUAUCAUGCACGCCGUGGGCGAUGGGGAACUUGAUCUUAUGAACACGCGUAGACCUCACGCACU